CCAACUUCCUGCUGAACAGUGACACCUGGUGGUGACCUCAAUACACUGUGAAAAUCCCUGUUCAAACUAGAAUAUGGCACUGUGAUUUAUUUAUUUCAAGUGAGAAUAUAUUCCUCGAGAGCAAAAGGUUGAAUCAAAUAAUCAAAAAAGACCAGAUGUAUCUUAUGGAAUGUGAUUAGAAAUGGCAAAAGUUAAAGGAAAUAAUUUUUCUAACCAGUCUCAACUUUUGAUCCAUCAACUUACCAAAAUAUUUUCCACAAAAACUGAAAAUGCCAGGAGCAGUUCCUCCAAGCCUCAAAGCUAUCAAUCACUACUUGAAGCUUGCUACUGAAUAUGAUAAACGAGAUCAAGUUGUAUCAUAUUACUGUAGGAUGUAUGCGGUGCAGAGAGGUAUUAAGACAGACAGCAAAAGUCCAGAUUGUAAACAGUUCUUAUUUGGACUUAUGGAUGAACUGGAAAAGAUGAAGGUUACACUAAAGGACAAUGAUGCUAUUACCAGUGAAGUGGUGGCCCAAGCACAUAUAGAAAAUGUUGCUCACAAAUUGUUCCUAUGGGCAGACAAUGAAGACAGAGCUGCUAGGUUUAAUAAAAAUGUAGUGAAGUCAUUUUACUCUUCCUCGAUACUUAUGGAUGUCGUCCAACAGUUUGGAGAACUAUCAGAAGAGGUUGAGAAGAAUAAGAAGUAUGCCAAAUGGAAAGCUGCAUACAUACACAAGUGUUUGCAGUCAGGGGAGACACCUAUACCUGGUCCCCUAAACGAAGAAGGGGAAGAGGAGGAGGGUGGAGCUGUUGGAGGUGAAGCAAGUCAGCCAGGACCUUCAGGCUAUCAACCACCAGCUGAUCAAGUACAACCACCAGUGAAUCAGAAUCAACCUCCUGCAAAUCAGUACCAACCUCCUGCGAAUCAGUACCAACCUCCUGCGAAUCAGUACCAACCCCCACCAACAUCACAGUACCCUCCACCUACAAAUUUACCUACACCAAAUAAUAAUGGUCAGUAUCCUGGUGGGUCUCAUGCACCCCCCACUACACCCUCUGACCCCCCUAGGGCAGCAGGAGGCUAUGUGGCACCACCCGCACAACCUCAACAGGCAGCUUCCUGGACACCACCCCCAAAUGCUGGUAAUGUCCAGUUGAAGGCAGAUGACUACCAGAAAGCAAUGAAGUAUUGUAAAUAUGCCAGCAGUGCUCUGCAGUAUGAGGAUACAAAGACAGCAGUGGACAAUUUAACUAAAGCUUUAACAUUGAUCACAACUGGCCAGGAUCCAGGAAAAUAA